AGUUCUUGGAUAACAACUUUAAAAACAAAUGUUUGAUUGAAACGUUCUCUUUCUCAAAAUUACCGUAAUACCUGAAGAAAACAGACCGUCAGAAUAACUUCACCAUGGACAUACGUGUGUGUGUGUGUGUGUGAACUUCACCCUCCAAGGCGCGUCAAUCAGAUCUUGAAAUCGUCACGGGAUUCACCGGACACAGUAAACUCCCGCCUUCCGGUCCCUUUGGGCUUCUGUGAUUGGUCAAAUGUUCUUCCAAUCAGCGGCGCCAGAGCAGGGUGUCACUAUGGUGACGGUGAAAACCGCCCAAGUGGUCACAUGGCGUUAGCUGACCACGUGUGGAAGAGGCAAGCGCCUGUGAAAACUCGUCUUGAGACAACAUUUUAAAGUUGACUGGAGUCAAGAGUCCUGACAGAUUAAGGAGAAAUAAAGGUGCCUUUUAAUUCAGACCAGAUGUCUUCUUCACCCUCCUCCUCCUCUUCUGUGCGUCUAAACACGGGGGUUCAAAUGCCCCUUUUGGGUCUGGGGACCUACAAGCUUCAGGGUCCUGACGGCGUCUACCGGGCUGUGGAUGCGGCCCUCGCUGCAGGUUACCGUGCUUUUGAUUGUGCGGCCGUUUACGGGAAUGAGACCGACUUGGGUCAAGCCCUGAGGAAGAUCCUGCCCAAAUAUGGCUUGACUAGACAGGAUGUGUUUAUAACCAGUAAACUGGACCCAAAAGAUCAGGGUGAGAGCGCAGUGGAGGGAGCUCUUCACAGCCUGACACAGCUGGACUUGGAUUACAUUGACCUCUACCUGAUCCACUGGCCGGGCACUAAGGGUCUGGAAGUGGGCGAUCAGCGUAACCCAGGUAACCGAGCUCAGAGUUGGGCCGCACUGGAGGAGCUGCAUGACCAGGGGAAGCUGAAGGCCAUUGGAGUGUCCAACUACACACCAGCACACAUGAGAGAACUGAUGCAGAAGUGCAGAAUCCCUCCUGCUGUUUUACAGGUAGAGUUUCACCCACGCCUGUGCCAGACUGAGCUGAGGCGUGUGUGUGAGGAGUAUGGAGUGUGUUUCCAGGCCUACUCCUCUUUAGGGAAAGGAGAGCUGGUCACUGAUCCCAGGGUUACAGCGGUGGCAAAGAACUGCUCACGCACACCUGCCCAGGUCCUGUUGCGCUGGGCAGUGCAGCAGGGAGUCCCGGUGCUCCCCAAGUCCUCGAAUCCAGACAGGAUAAAGGAGAACGCUGCAGUUUUUGACUUUACGCUAAGUGACACAGAAAUGGAGACACUGUCAUCUUUAGACUGUGGGCACAAAUACUGCAGGGAUUCUGCAGGAAUUGUGUGAUAAACCACUGGUUGACUUCCUUGGGAGUAUUUUUACUACUUCUGUUCUUCACUUCUGACAAUAACAGUUAAAUCACAUGCACUAAAUUAAGUUUUUCCUGGUGAUUUCACAUAACAAACACACCAAGUAGCAUUUAGGCAGAAUUACAUGUAUUUGCUUCAGUCAACAUAUUUAAUAACAGCCUUGUUUGUAUUAUCUUAAACAUUAUAGUCUUUCCAAUUAAUACCUAUUGUGUUUUUUUUUUUGCCUGAUAUUCUUCUGUUCACAGAUUUGUCAGUUUGAUGUAACACUCUUACAAAGUGUUAUAUAACAUUCAGUUUGAAUUGUCUGUGAAACACCAUCUUUUUGCAGAUGAAUAAACUCUGACGCCGACGCUUAAAAGAACUGCACAAACAAUAUUCACUCUAAAACCACUCUUAAAAAUGUUUUAUUCAGGACAGCAUAUACCAGAAGCUGGACAGCCGUAGAGAAAAUACAUUUACAAAAGUCCAUAAAAAAUGAAAAAGGAUUUUAAAAAAUCAGUUUUGUUCAAACACGUCUCCAGAUUCAAGUAAUAACACUAAGGAUGGUUCCGAAACUCCAGGUGCCCAGGCAGAGGUGGGUGUGCGCUCCCUGUCAAAACCAUUAGUGGUCACACGACUUCUACUGAAAUGGAAAGUCGAGACGAGCAAUUGUGACGUUUUCUCGUAGUUCUGACGGUAAACACACCUCUGCCUUUCUGUGCUUCCUCUUGAGUGUAAAUCUGUGGCAGAGAGCUGUAAAAGGUUUAAGGCGGUGAUUGAGUACAGGCAAGUCUGGUUCUGCAGUGUCACCUCACGGGUCACAGCAUGUUCAAGGCAGUUGAUAAGAGUAUAAUGCUAGUAUGAACAACUUGCAUGUAUUCUCAAUCAGCAGACUGUGCUGCCUUUGUAAGGAGACCUACUGGAAGUGACGUGUUAAAAGUAUUUCUUAUCACAUGUACUUAAACUCAGUCCUGUUUUCCCGGUUCAUAUCAGAUAUCACAUGACUGUGGAGUCACUUGUUAGGUAGCAGUAUGUGCUUUCAAUUGAACAGCAUUUUUUUUUUUUUAAACCA